AAGCUUUAGAAAAGCUACGCCUUGGAUACAAGUGAACCGAUAAUUCUGGUCUAAUGUUGCCGUGGUAACAACUCAUGCUGAUAUAAUUGAGAACAUCUUAUACAUCCUGGUUCGAACAUUUUCUCCCUGCCAUUUUGAGUUGUUCUAGUGGUAUAUGAAGGAGGCUGGGAUUACUAGCUUGAAAGAAAUUCAGUCUAGUUAUAGACAUCUUUGGCAUUAAUCUGAUGUUUACUAGUGGUAUCUCAUGCUAGGCAGUUAUGCUUUGCUUCUAGGGGCUUCUCUUUUUAAAACAAAAGAAAGCUCUUUUCGUUUUCUGUGUGCUGCAUGCUCCAGUGUGUGUGUUUACACCAUCGGUUCUUCUCCCUCUAGAGAUUAGCAUAACUCCCUUUGCUGUUGGAUUGUUGUUUUGAGCAAUAUGUUUUGGAAAGGUUGGUUUUCAUCAUGAGUGCACGCAAAUCAUCAGAUGCAUCUGCUUGCUCCUCUUCAGAAAUAUCUGAUUCCUUUGUGAAAGAGUUUCUAGCCAAAGCCAAAGAAGACUUUUUGAAAAAAUGGGAGAAUCCAACUCAGAAUAAUGCCGGACUUGAAGAUUUUGAAAGGAAAAAAACCCUUGGAACAGGUUCAUUUGGAAGAGUCAUGUUGGUAAAACACAAAGCCACUGAACAGUAUUAUGCCAUGAAGAUCUUAGAUAAGCAGAAGGUUGUUAAACUGAAGCAAAUAGAGCAUACUUUGAAUGAGAAAAGAAUAUUACAGGCAGUGAAUUUUCCUUUCCUUGUUCGACUGGAAUAUGCUUUUAAGGAUAAUUCUAAUUUAUACAUGGUUAUGGAAUAUGUCCCUGGGGGUGAAAUGUUUUCGCAUCUAAGAAGAAUUGGAAGGUUCAGUGAGCCCCAUGCACGGUUCUAUGCAGCUCAGAUAGUGCUAACAUUUGAGUACCUCCAUUCACUAGACCUCAUCUACAGAGAUCUAAAACCUGAAAAUCUCUUAAUUGACCAUCAAGGCUAUAUCCAGGUCACAGACUUUGGGUUUGCCAAAAGAGUUAAAGGCAGAACUUGGACAUUAUGUGGAACUCCAGAGUAUUUGGCUCCAGAAAUAAUUCUCAGCAAGGGCUACAAUAAGGCAGUGGAUUGGUGGGCAUUAGGAGUGCUAAUCUAUGAAAUGGCAGCUGGCUAUCCCCCAUUCUUUGCAGACCAACCAAUUCAGAUUUAUGAAAAGAUUGUUUCUGGAAAGGUCCGAUUCCCAUCCCACUUCAGUUCAGAUCUCAAGGACCUUCUACGGAACCUGCUGCAGGUGGAUUUGACCAAGAGAUUUGGGAAUCUAAAGAAUGGUGUCAGUGAUAUAAAAACUCACAAGUGGUUUGCCACGACAGAUUGGAUUGCUAUUUACCAGAGGAAGGUUGAAGCUCCAUUCAUACCAAAGUUUAGAGGCUCUGGAGAUACCAGCAACUUUGAUGACUAUGAAGAAGAAGAUAUCCGUGUCUCUAUAACAGAAAAAUGUGCAAAAGAAUUUGGUGAAUUUUAAAGAGGAACAAGAUGACAUCCGAGCUCACACUCAGUGUUUGCACUCUGUUGAGAGAUAAGGUAGAGCUGAGACCGUCCUUGUUGAAGCAGUUACCUAGUUCCUUCAUUCCAACGACUGAGUGAGGUCUUUAUUGCCAUCAUCCCGUGUGUGCACUCUGCAUCCACCUAUGUAACAAGGCACCGCUAAGCAAGCAUUGUCUGUGCCAUAACACAGUACUAGACCACUUUCUUACUUCUCUUUGGGUUGUCUUUCUCCUCUCCUACAUCCAUUUCUUCCUUUUCCAGUUUCAUUGGUUUUCUCUGAACAGUGCUCUAUUUUAUUUUGUUGGUGUUUCAGAUGGGCAGUGUUAUGGCUACGUUAUAUUUGAAGGGAAGGAUAAGUGUUGCUUUCAGUAGUUAUUGCCAAUAUUGUUGUUGGUCAAUGGCUUGAAGAUAAACUUUCUAAUAAUUAUUUUUGCUUUGAGUAGCUCAGACUUGGUUUUGCCAAAACUCUUGGUAAUUUUUGAAGAUAGACUGUCUUAUCACCAAGGAAAUUUAUACAAAUUAAGACUAACUUUCUUGGAAUUCACUAUUCUGGCAAUAAAUUUUGGUAGACUAAUACAGUACAGCUAGACCCAGAAAUUUGGAUGGCUGUGGAUCAGAGGUUCUAGUUCCCUUUCCCUCCUUUUAUAUCCUCCUCUCCUUGAGUAAUGAAGUGACCAGCCUGUGUAAUGUGACAAACGUGUCUCAUUCAGCAGGAAAAACUAAUGAUAUGGAUCAUCACCCAGAUUCUCUCACUUGGUACCAGCAUUUCUGUAGGUAUUAGAGAAGAGUUCUAAGUUUUCUAAACCUUAACUGUUCCUUAAGGAUUUUAGCCAGUAUUUUAAUAGAACACGAUUAAUGAAAGUGACAAAUUUUAAAGUUUCUCUAAUAGUCCUCAUCAUAAACUUUUUAAAGGAAAAUAAGCAAACUAAAAAGAACAUUGGUUUGGAUAAGUACUUAUACUUUGCAAAGUCAAAAAAUGGCUUGAUUAUUGGAAACAAUAUAGAGGUAUUCAUAUUUAAAUGAGGGUUUACGUUUGUUUUGUUUUGUAACCGUUAAAAAGAAGUUGUUUCCAGCUAAUUAUUGUGGUGUACUAUAUUUGUGAGCCUAGGGUAGGGGCACUGCUGCAACUUCUGCUUUCACCCCAUGCCUCAUCAAUGAGGAAAGGGAACAAAGUGUAUAAAACUGCCACAAUUGUAUUUUAAUUUUGAGGUAUGAUAUUUUCAGAUAUUUCAUAAUUUCUAACCUCUUUUCUCUCAGUAAACAGAAUGUCUGAUCGAUCAUGCAGAUACAAUGUUGGUAUUUGAGAGGUUAGUUUUUUUCCUACACUUUUUUUUGCCAACUGACUUAACGACAUUGCUGUCAGGUGGAAAUUUCAAGCACUUUUGCACAUUUAGUUCAGUGUUUGUUGAGAAUCCAUGGCUUAACCCAGUUGUUGUGCUAUUUUUUCUUUGCUUUUAAUUUUCCCCAUCUGAUUUUAUCUCUGCGUUUCAGUGACCUACCUUAAAACAACACACGAGAAGAGUUAAACUGGGUUCAUUUUAAUGAUCAAUUUACCUGCAUAUAAAAUUUGUUAUUUUCAAUCAAGCUGAUCUUAAUGUAUAUAAUCAUUCUAUUUGCUUUAUUAUCGGUGCAGGUAGGUCAUUCACACCACUUCUUUUCAUCUGUACCACACCCUGGUAAAACCUUUGAAGACAUAAAAAAAUCCUGUCUGAGAUGUUCUUUCUACCAAUCUGUAUGUCUUUCGGUUAUCAAGUGUUUCUGCAUGGUAAUGUCACGUAAAUGCUGAUAUUGAUUUCACUGGUCCAUCUAUAUUUAAAACAUGCAAGAAAAAAAUAAAAUACUCUGCUCUAGCAAGUUUUAUGUAACAAAGGCAUAUCGUCAUGUUAAUAAAUUUAAAACAUCAUUUGUAUAAAUAUUUUAAUUUUCUUGUAUUUCAUUUAGACCCAAGAACAUGCUGACCAAUGUGUUCUAUAUGUAAACUACAAAUUGUAUGGUAGCUUUGUUGUAUAUUAUUGUAAAAUUAUUUUAAUAAGUCAUGGGGAUGACAAUUUGAUUAUUACAAUUUAGUUUUCAGUAAUCAAAAAGAUUUCUAUGAAUUCUAAAAAAUAUUUUUUUCUAUGAAAUUACUAGUGCCCAGCUGUAGAAUCUACCUUAGGUAGAUGACCCCUAGACAUACAUUGGUUCUGAGGGCUAUUCAGCCAUUCCACUUUACUCUCUAUUUAAAGGCCGUGAGCAAGCUUGUCAUGAGCAAAUAUGUCAAGGGAGUCAAUUUCUGACCAAUCAAGUACACUAAAUUAGAAUAUUUUUAAAGUAUGUAAAAUUCCCAGUUUUAGCCACAAUUUAGCCAAGAACAAGAUAAAAACUUGAAUAAGAAGUAAGUAGCAUAAAUCAGUAUUUAACCUCAAAUUACAUAUUUGAAACAGAAGAUAUUAUGUUAUGCUCAGUAAAUAAUUAAGAGAUGGCAUUGUAUAAGAAGGAGCCCUAGACUGAAAAGUCAAGACAUCUGAAUUUCAGGCUGGAAAACUAUCAGUAUGAUCUGAGCCUCAGUUCUCUUGUCUGUAAAAUGGAAGAACUGGAUUAGGCAGUUUGUAAGAUUCCUCCUAACUUUCACAGCUGAUGACAAGAUUGUCUUUUUAUCUGAUAUUUUGAAGGGUAUAUUGCUUUGAAGUAAGUCUCAAUAAGGCGAUAUAUUUUAGGGCAUCUUUCUUCUUAUCUCUGACAGUGUUCUUAAAAUUAUUUGAAUAUCAUAAGAACCUUGGUGUCUGUCCUAAUUUCUUUCUCACUCACCGAUGCUGAAUACCCAGUUGAAUCAAACUGUCAACCUACCAAAAAAGAUAUUGUGGCUUAUGGGUAUUGCUGUCUCAUUCUUGGUAUAUUCUUGUGUUAACUGCCCAUUGGCCUGAAAAUACUCAUUGUAAGCCUGAAAAAAAAAAUUCUUUCCCACUGUUUUUUCUGCUUGUUGUAAGAAUCAAAUGAAAUAAUGUAUGUGAAAGCACCUUGUAAACUGUAACCUAUCAAUGUAAAAUGUUAAGGUGUGUUGUUAUUUCAUUAAUUACUUCUUUGUUUAGAAUGGAAUUUCCUAUGCACUACUGUAGCUAGGAAAUGCUGAAAACAACUGUGUUUUUUAAUUAAUCAAUAACUGCAAAAUUAAAGUAACUUCAAUGGAUAAGACAA